CACCACACUGGAAAACUACAUUAACCACAGUCAGACGCCUUCCUGUCAACUGCACAUGCGCAGUUGUUUGUUCUACUCUACACAGCUGUAGGAGAAAAUGGCAGCACUCAUGCUAGGACAGCAGGCCCGCCAGUUCAGCACGUCUGUCAUCAGACAAAAACUGAUCAAGGCUCCCAUCACGGUCUACGGGGUGGAGGGCCGCUAUGCCACUGCUCUGUUCUCAGCUGCCAGUAAGCAGAAUAUUCUGGACCAAGUGGAGCAGGAGCUGGGUAAAGUGUCUUCCCUGAUCAAGGACCCCAAGGUUUCCAGUAUUGUAAUGAAUCCUCAUGUAAAGCGCAGCUUCAAGCAGAAGACCUUCCAGGAUGGUCUUGCAAAGUCCAAGGUUUCCCCCAUCACCUUCAAUCUCAUCAAUGUUUUGGCUGAUAAUGGUCGUCUUACUUUAACUGGUGAUGUUAUCACUGCUUAUGGCAAAAUGAUGAGUGCACACCGUGGAGAGGUCCUCUGCACCGUCACUACUGCACAGCCUUUGGAUGCAGCUAGUCUUACUGACCUGAAAGCAGCUCUCAAGGGCUUUCUUCAGAAGGGUGAAUCUAUCAAGCUGGAAACAAAGCUGGAUUCUACCAUCCUUGGUGGCAUGAUCGUCAGCAUCGGGGACAAAUAUGUGGACAUGUCCACCAAAACAAAGAUUGUGAAGCUCACCAAGCUAAUCAAGGAAACUUAAGUUCUAUGGACUUAAGUUUGCAUAAGUUCGGAGAAGACCAUCGGGGGAAACGCUGAAAUGUAUAUUGCUAUCUGUCCUAGCACUGCAUUUGCUCCAUAAAUCCAGUGUCUAUACUUAAGUUGAUAUGGAUGUUAAUAAAACUUACAAAAAGUGAA